AUGCCAUCUGUCAAACGGAAGAGAGCCACUCAUGACGAGAAUGCACCUCAGCGUGCCACUCUGGCUGCCCCUCGACGCAAGCGGAGCAAGAAUGGAGUGUUGAAAAGCAUGGCCGAGAUGCCCCUCGAUGUGGUGGAGGAGAUUCUCGGACAUCUCGAUCCAGGAGCGCUUUUGAACUUGGCGAGAGCCAUAAAGGUAUUUCAUGAGAUCAUCAUGGACAAGGGUAACGCCAGACUUUGGGUGCGCUCUCGCCAAAACGUCCAAGGCCUCCCCGACUGCCCGCCCCACCUUAGCGAACAGUCCUACGCAAAUCUUUGCUUCAGCAAGGGUUGCUAUGGAUGUAACAAGAGCAAAACGUCCAAGAUCAUUUGGACAGCUAGUGCUCGCUACUGUGAUGAUUGCACAAACGGCCACAUGCCGGGCGUCUCAUUGUUUUUCAGCAACGAAGACAAUCAAAUGUACGCACGCUACGAGAAGUUGCUCCCAACGUUCAGGAUUCACUGUCGUUUGAGCUUCCACUUGCCCGAUUUGUGGGCAAUGCACUCAGCAUGGGAGCGGCUGAGCGAUGAAGACGGGUCGCGGUCCAAGUUCCUCGCGGAGCAGAAGGACAAUAUGGACGCACGCCACCAGCACGCUAAAGCAUGCGAGAAGUGGAGGAAAACGAUCGACGCGGCUCGAGCGGAAGAGCUGAGGAUCACUCGUGACCAGCGCUUCUCUUUCAUUAAGGCUAGACUGUGUGAGCUUGGCUGGAGCGAGUCGCUCUUGGCGAGUGCAGACAAGAAGCUGCGAUCGUUGCAGCAAGUGCGUUCGUCAACGCCGCUUGACAACAAAGGUUGGGCUUUGAUACGUAAGAGGGUGGAGGACGUCAUGAUAGACAUUGACCUCAGUCACAACUUGCCAGCUCGCAUCAAGAAGUUCGCCAAAAUCUUCGGCGACGUCAAAGCGGAGAACCUGGACGACGUGCACAUUCGUUGGUGGCCCGGGACUGUGGAUAUCAUUCUGAUGGAAGGGACACCCUAUCGUGACAGAUUGUCCAACGGGGAUCAUUGGCCCCCAACUGGGAAUGCGCUCGCAGCAUUGAAGACCGAGGUACUGCGAGACGUCAAGACCUGGCUAGACAAGCAAAAGAAGGUGCUUGGGGACUUUGUACUUACCGAGAGCGACGACGAUAGGGAACGUUUCCCUAUCGGGACGGAACCUGCGGACCUCGUUAGUUGCAUGCUUGUCUGCUGCAUCUGCUCCAACACGGUUUGUUUCCCGGAUAUACUGGUUCAUGCCUGCUUCAGGGGGUGUAGACGGACGAUGAAGCGGGAUGCCUUCGAACAGGAGCUCCAACGGCGCACGGACAUGCUCGAGAAGAACAUCUUGGAAACUCUUGGCUAUUUUCCGUGGUCUCUCCAAGGCUAUUCGAAGGACACGUCGGCGCCACGAUCGUUAGCGGUGAACCUUAGGCCUUUGGAUACUCGCGAAUGCUUCGUCAACUGUGUUUUGACUUGUGGCAAGGACCCAUGGCGCAUGACCUGGCGUGACAUGAACGACGGCAACUUCGUCUUCUGCCGGAAGGAGUCCGAGAGGCGUUUCACUGCAAUGGAUUGGCGUCUUGCAGCUCUCGAUUGCGUGUCGCAGACGCAGGAAUGGGUGAACGACCCGUUGAUUGUCUCGGAGUAUUGGAGGAAGCACUCGCGCCCUGAACUCCGUUUUGUCAAGAAUGUCAAGGUCUGGUGGUGCGCGCGUUGCCCGGAUCCAUGGCUAGCUGGGCGCACGUACGCAGGAGUGGAGGCGCACGUUCUUGAAAGUCACGGGAAGGCACAUUUGCAGGACGGCGACAUCUACUGCGAUCCCGAUCAGUGGCGGAAGUGGACGAAACACUGCACGGUAGAGUUGGCAAAACCCUCGGCGAACGAGGACGUGGUAUAA